GUUUAUCUAUGUGUGCAUUUCCAUGCACAUUCACGUUAUCUGAUUCUUCAAUAUGGCGACGACCAUAAUUGACGAAAAUUAAACAAAAGCAAGUUUACUUUUAUGAUGACGGCGCUGUCCAUAAACUACGUAGACUCAUUUUUGGCCAUUUCAGACCCCCCCCCCCUCCGUAGACCUUUGUUCAUACAAAAAUUUGAAAAUUUGUAUGGAGCGUAGACUUUGGCCGGACCCCCCAACUCCCCCUCAGAGUCUACGUAGUUUAUGGACAGACACUGACCGCAAUAAACCUAGGAGUGUCAUAGUUUCUGAUUUUCCACCGAGUGUAGAAUAAGCAAUUAAGUUAAAAUCAGGCUUGAUAAUCCUCCUCUAAAUCAAAAGAGUUUAGCAACAUGCUCUAGAGCGGUGUUUUGCUUUUGCCUCGUCGCGAGGGAGCGAACGAACCCCAAACAGAGAGGCAAUAAAAACUGAGCGAGGAAGAGGGGAACAAAAAAAGAGCCGAUGAUUAUUUCGGGUUUUUGAGUGCGAUUUUCGCCUCGAGAGUCUUUCUUUGUAUGGGAGUGGAACUCGCGAGAGCUUUUUGAGUGUGAGUGGACGUGAGAAACACAACAAGCAAUUUUGAGUGUUAGACGAACUCCUCGCUGCGCGGCAAGCUCGCGCUCGCUGCUGGCUGUUGAGGAUUUGCGUUGUGAUUACUGAGUUUUAUUUUAACUCCUCAGAAAAACGCCAAAAUCGCUUCCUCAUUUUCUCGCGAGUGAGUUUCUGUCAAGCCUGGUUAAAAUACACAUUAAUAAAAACCAAAAAAAAGCUUUUCCAGCAACAGAUGUCGUUACUAAUCGUACGGAUUGCCAUCUGUUGAGAGUUUGAACAGUUUUAUUGUAGUAAUGAUGAAUGCUACAAAGAUUACAUUUCGGAAAGUUUUGCUUACUCUUAAAAUCUGGCUAUAUGGAUAUCUUCAAGUAUACUAUAAAACAUUUCAUCAACGGUUUUCAUAAAAGUAGUCAUAAAGCUGUGAGUUUUGGUUAUUACUGUAAUAAACCCUAAACAAAUCAAACAAAACCAACCAGCAACGGAAUUGUUACUUGGUAUGCUACUGAGCUUGUCCCGGGAGUAAUAAGGAGCCACUGUGGCUGCGGAACAGACCUGUAAUCACUUUUUUGGAAAGAAAAAUAAAAUAUUUUUUUUUCAAUGUAUAUUCUUCAAAAAGGCGCCAUUUAUUAGUCUACAACUUUGCCGAAAUCACCUUACCGAUCAAACAAGCCAUUUCCGUGAUACAUUUUUGGCAAAAUGGUACAUAUAAACGAAUUCGAUUUGAGCUACAUUUCCGGUACUGGUGUGUGUUCGUUGGCUUGAAAACUAAAACCGCUCUCAUCUGCAGUACCCAGACAAAUUGCUGCCAACUUCAGCUUUUUUUACAUUUCAGAUCGAAAAUGGCACACUCAACGUGGGAUACCAUAGAUCCGGAAACCACAAGACUUGUGACGUACGAAAGCAGCAUCAAGUCUGGAACUCACGGCGAGGUGUACCAAAAGCAACUUUCCCUAGUUCUUUUGCUACGGCUCACAAGAGAAGGGAAGAAUUUCCAUUUAGCUUAUGAACUGACACCCGCGGAGAAGUUCGACGAUGUGGUUCUGUACGAUAGGACAGCCAAGCAAUGGACUUUUCUCCAAUCAAAACAUGCAGACGGCAAAGAUUCUAAAAUAGAUCUCAAUGGCUUGCUCCCAAAAACGAAUCGAGAGAAAGGAGAUUUCAGUUUGUACAAAUAUUUCUAUUCCUACAUGAGAAUUCGAAACAGAUUCAUAGGCAAAACCAACUUCCUGCUGUUCACCAAUAAGAAACUAGAUGAAAAGUUAAAGAGCGCAGAAGAUAGCAUGGCGAUCGAAGAUCAAGAUGUAGAUGAAUAUCUUCGCUUUACAUCUGAAGGAGCAACCCACAAAUUACUCAUACCGACUGAAUCUACAAUUCAAUCAAUCCUGGAAUAUGCCAACAAAGAUUUGUAUUCCCUGAAGGACGCUAUCAAGCAUCUCUUCACCAAAGGGAUUAUUACAGAUCAACUCAUAAAGUACAAAGUAUAUUUAAAUGAUGUUUUGAAGGAGUCAGGAUACAAUCAAAUUAGAUUCGCGGAUACCUUCAACCAAUCACUGAUUUUCAUUGCUAAAUUGUACAACGUUCUUCAACCACAGCUACACAAAUUGAAACCCAUUAAUAAACCCCCAGAACUCAACUUCAAUGAAACAGGAUAUGAUUCUUCAAAUUGGUUAUCAGUGGGAGGCCCGGAUCUCAAGCACCUGGGUGAAGCCAUCGAAGAUCUUUUUUGUAGUGGAACUGUAUCCGAUUAUUUAAAAGAGUACGAACAUCUUCUAGCUCUGAUUCUAACAACGACUGCGAAUGGUAAGCUUGCAAUCAAAGAAACAUUCAAUAGUGAUGUAGUAUCUAAAGCUGAAUUGUAUAGGAUGCUGAAAGCUGAACUGAGUGACAUGAAUAAACAGGUUACAACGAAUCAGAAACUAUUUGAUGGAAAGGAUUCACGUAACAAGCCUAAGUUAGUAUUAUUCCAUGCGGAUGCAUCUGAUGUUAGACAAUUUUUCGCGCUACUUACACUAUCAGUGCAACAGCCGGAUGAGUUGGAAUCCUUCAUCAUCGAAGAAUUGAACUUAUGGAUGAGAAUGUGGUUGAGACCUGACAUUUUAGGUAUGCUAACCGAAAACGAUUAUGAAAAAGCGGUGAAAGAUUUAGAUAAUUAUUUUGAAUCAACGCUGAAACGCGGUCAAGGUAAUUCCAAACCAUACCUAGACCAACAAUUUGUGUCGCAGUAUUUUAACAAGUUACAGUCCACACUUGUAGAAAAGUAUCCGGAAUUGAAAGAUAUGAGUCAGAUAUAUAUUAACAGGGUGCUUAUAUUUGAGGAAGACGACAUUAGUAAAACAGAACAUUCACUAGCAUCUCAAUUUGACGGAACCAUAAAAACUAAGCUUAAGCCAAAUUCAAGGAUGACAGAUAAACAGUUUGCAGCAAAUCUUAAGGUUGAGUUUGCACACUAUCAAUGUUUAGUUUUAACGGCGGACCCUGGGCUAGGUAAAACUGAAUUUCUCCAAUAUGUUGCUCUUGAACAUCAAAAAGUAGAAUCUGGAGCAGUUUUCUUAUUCUACUUGAACAGACUACAAGUUUCUGAGCAUGAAUCUCCAUUAGACAUUCUAAAAUAUGCGUUAUCUGAUAAAAACUUUGAAUUCAUUUGGAACGUUUUGGAAAAACAUCAGACAUAUUGCACUUCACACAUUACAUUAUUGUUUGAUGGGUAUGAUGAAAUACAUAAGAAAAAUAGAAAUAAAAUGAACAAUCUUUUGAAAAUAUUGCUGAGAUCAGAACAUAUCAAAAUUGUUAUGAGUGUUAGAAGUCAUGAGAAAAAAACAUUGCAGCACAUGUUUCAGAAACAAUUUAAUGUUGGAUAUUUUUCGUUAGAGCCUUUUAGCAGUAAACAUGUAAUUGAAUAUCUUUCAACAUAUUGGGAAGAAAACGUGGAUUUUUCACUCUUUUCCAGAAUCUUCUAUCACUCAAAAUUUAUAAUGUUUUCCAAAUAUAUGCUUACUAAGUUUAAUGGCUUGUGUAGCGUGCCACUUAUGGUUAAAAUGAUGGCAAAAAUAUACAAAUGCCGUUUCAAGCUCUUCAAAGAAACUAAGCUUAGUGAUAUUAAGGGUGAAUUAUGCUAUUUAGUCAGAGAGUUUUCAGAAGUUGAUCACAUCUACGAAAUUUUCAUAGAAAAUUGUUUACUAGUAAAGAUAGUAGAUGCAUGCAAUGGCAUUGGGCGAGUCGACCCGAACAAACAAAUUUUUGAUGGGUUUUGCCUGGACCAUCAAUUGCGGGCAAUAAAAUUUCUUGAUAUUGGUGAGCUCGAAUUUAUCUUCAAUAAUCCAAAAUACAAUAAAAAGAUGGACUAUAUGCAUGAUUGCCAUCUGAACCAACUUGAAAAAUCUAUUCUUGUGAAAUUUGUUGACGGCAAGUUUUUUUUCUUGCAUCAUUCUUACGCCGAAUAUUUUGUUGCGAAAUUUUUGUGGGACGAUUUCUUUUAUUUGAAAGAUGUUACUAAAAAUGUUUUGUCUUCUUUCCCGGGAAUAAGAAAAUUUUUUAUAAGAAUAAUUGAAAAUAAUAUUUCAUGGUUUGAAUCAAAAAUCGCUCAAGAAACAUCGUUUGCUACAGAAGAAAUUGUUUUUUGGGCUUGUGAAAGUAAUGCUGAAAAUUUACUGAAAUAUGUGCUUUCAAAAAUACCAAAAUAUAAAGUAAGUGACGCUAAAAUGCUUCACAUUGCUAUUUACAACGGCAGUGACAGAAUAUGUUCCUAUUUGAUCAAAAAUUGUAAAGUACAUCCCGAUGUUGAGUAUGAUGGUGGUUUUCCUUUACACUCGGCCGUAGUGUACGGGCGUAUAAACAUAGUCCAGUUACUGCUACGAAACGGAGCUGACAUUAAUAUUAGAAACGCAGAAGGAUGGUCUGCUCUGCAUUAUGCAGUUCAUCACAAACAAAUUGCAAUUAUAAAUAUUUUAAUCGAUAAAGGUAUUGAUGUAAACUCCUUAAACAAUAACAAAUGGAAUGCACUGCACAUUUCUUGCGAUAAUGGUGAUGCUGAUAUGACGAAAAUGCUAUUACAAAAAGAUGCACAGGCCGAUUUACAGACAAAUGAAGACAAAACUCCUCUUGAUUUAGCUGUAUCGAAAGGGUAUACAGAAGUUGUUGACAUUUUAAUCGAAUAUUUUAUUAUGAAAUUAAAUUUUCAUAUAACUUUCAGGGUAUUUCAGAAUGCUGAUCGCAAUAGUCACUAUUAUAUAACACAAAAACUAACAAGGGAUUUUUCAGAACUUGCUAAUGGAAUAAAUUUCAAUGAGAAAUCAAUUCAUAUUGCGGUUCAUAAUGGACUAAAGAGAAAAGUAAAAGGAUUGAUAAACGACGGUGCCAAUGUUUAUGCAUUAAAUAAAUCAGGGCAUACAGCUUUACAUCUUAGUGCAUCUGCAGGUCAUCACCUUGUUGUUGAGCUAUUGGUGAAUAGUGGUGCAAACGUAAACGCCGUUGAUGAGGAUAACGUUACGCCUCUUUAUAUAGCAUGUCAGAAUGGUCACAGAAAGGUUGUGGAGACUUUGAUUAAAAGAGGAGCCUACGUUAAUGCAUUGACUCACAAUAAAUGGACAGCUCUUCAUGUAAGUGCUUUCGAAGGUCACUCUGUAAUUGCAAAAUUACUUCUUGACCAAGGUUCAAACGUGAACGCUGUUAAUGAAGAUAACGUGACACCACUUUAUUGGGCAUGCGAAAAUGGUCAUAAAGAUGUUGUAGAGACUUUGAUUAGAAGUGGCGCCAACAUUAAUGCAUUAACUAACGAUAAUAGGACAGCUCUCCAUGCUAGUGCUUCCACUGGUUACUGCGAUAUUGUAGAUGUACUGCUUGAAAAUGGCGCCGUUUCCAAUACUGUUGACAAAAAUGGACAUACACCACUGAGUUAUGCAUUGCAGAAUAGGCACCAAGAUGUAGUAGAGUCCUUAUUCUUCCUGCAAAACAAAUAAUUCCAGGUAUUGGAUUCAUUUCAUUCAUUUCCGUUUUGUCUUGGAAGAAUUCAAAAACGUCAAACUUCGGCUGCUAUUUAAUAGAUUAAGUUAAUGCUAAUGCCGUUUUUCUUAUUGAUCCAGUUCCAACCUGGGUUGGACAUGGAACAAAUCAGAGUUUCAACCCUAACCUAAGUUACGCUCACUUGUGCGGUAAUUUGUUUGACGUUUUUUUGUUUGCACAUUUUCCGCCGAACCAGUUCCAACCUAGACCUGGGUUCAAAAAGAAAAACGGUAUAUUAUGUUUUCAGUUAAAAAAAAAAAAAGAAAAACGGUUCUGUUUUCAGUUCAAACACAGAGAACAGACGAACAUGCUCGAACAAAAUUGCUCGAAAAUCUUGUGUAAAGAAAAAAACAAGCUCAGUAGCGACAUCGACGGUGACUUUCCCACUCAAAAACUUGUUUCGACAUCAUGAUGGCGCUUUCUGAAGAAAUAUUUCACUAACGCACCUUGAAAUUUUUCUACUCAGAUUCUGAGCUGUAUUUGUUUACAUAACAAGAUGUUUAUGACUAUUUCACUAAUCCAGCAACCAAAUUUGAGCUACCCAUUGAUAAUAAGUUUCAUUAUUUUCAAUAAGAAACAAGUUGAUCAAGAAUUCAAUUAUUGUUUUCCAAGUAAAACCAACACAUUCUCUUGGUGGAACUAUACCAGGGUGCACACUUGGCGACACUAGCGCCAAAAGGUAAAACAACGGCAAAUUUGUACCCCGAUUCAAAAUUUGACAGCGCCACGUGAUGGCCACAUUCCCAGUUGUUUCAAAACAACCGUUGCAAUGCUUUACACAACAGCACUACAUGAGCUUGGACGUCUGUUCUCUGUG